UACCUGUACUAUUUUUAUUAGUAGACAAUGAGCAGCCCUAGAUGCAGCCCUAGUUGCAUUGUUGUUUUCAUGGAAAGGAUUAAUUGGUGAGCAGGUGUGUCUACCCUCAUGGUUUCAUUGGUUACUUUGAAUCUUCUUUUGUGGUUGUUGUUGAUGUUGUUGUUGUUUUUGGAAUGGAACUCUCUUAAGCCCUCAGUGACACAGCAGACAAUAUAAAUUCAGAUACGUUUGGCUUAUACUUGCAAUUCAUACUACAAAUGCAAGGGGGCCAUUGUAAUAAGGAGUCACAGGUAACCAAAUGUUUCAAUAAAUGAAUCAAUUUGCUUGUCUCUUACCUUUCAUUUGGUAUAUUUCUCAGAUAAAAUAAAAAAUACUAAUAUUUGCAUUCCAUGACAUAUGUUGCAUUAUAAUUAAAACAUUUGAUUUAAAGUAUCUUAUUUAUCACACAAUAAGGUUAAAUAAAUAAAUGUGUAAAAUAUUGUAUAGUUUCUUAGCCUCAGCUUUGCUGACUGUCUCUGUCUUGCAAUAUGGCACACAGGCCAGUCUCCAUGGAUCUUUGCAUCACCAUCAAAGGAGUCUCCUUCCUCUUACAGACCGGGCUGGGUGUCCUGGGGAACCUGUUGGUGCUGAUGGCCUACUGUCACAUUGCGUGUGCAGAAUCUCGUCUGCAGCCCGUGGACAGAAUCCUGGCGCACCUGGCUUUCGCCAACCUGGUGCUGCUCCUGACCCGCGGCGUGCCGCAGACUAUGACCGUCUUCGGCCUGCGCCACCUGCUGGACGACCCCGGCUGCAAGCUGCUGAUUUAUGCCUACCGCAUCAGCCGCGCCCUCUCCGUCUGCCUCACGUGUAUGCUGAGCGUGUUCCAGGCCGUAGCCACAGCCCCCGCGGCCAGGCCGUUCCUGCUCAGGCUGAAGGUUAGUCUGCCGCAGCGGGUCGCGCCCACCUUCGUGGCUCUGUGGCUACUGAACAUGCUCGUUUGCAUCGCGGCGCCGCUGUGCUCCGUCGCCCCGCGUAACGGCACCGUGCCCGCGUUCACCCUCAACCUGGGCUUCUGUCACGUCGACUUCCACAACGGCCUGUCCUAUGUGAUUAAUGGCGCGGCUGUGUCGGGCCGAGACUUCACCUUCGUGGGUCUGAUGCUGGGCUCCAGCGGCUACAUACUCGUCCUCCUGCACAAACACAGCAAGCAGGUGAGAGGCAUCCGCCGCUCACGGGGAAGCUCCAUGGAGAUGCGCGCAGCCAAGACUGUGGUCAUGCUGGUAGUUUUCGCUCAGUCCACUCCUUAUAAUCAGCUCCAACAAGAAGAUAAAACAGAGGAUGGUGUGUGCCACCAGUGACCUCAAACAGCAGGCAGUUGAGGACUGCACUGAAAAGGGAAACACUAAAUAAAACUUUCACGCUGUAAAAAUUGUAUUGAU